AUGCCAUCCGCCCUCCUAUUGGAGUGCAAUGGCAUUGCAGAUGCUCUUGUGAAGGCCAUCCGUAAUCCUGUAAGGCUGCAGUGGGACAUUGAUAGAUAUUGCGACAGCCUUUCGAUUCAGCCCACAGGGCAGAAUGAAGUCCUCGAGGCAGAACUGGAACAGAAGUGGCCUCCUCCAUUUGGUGAGAGCGAAAUACGCAUAGACCAGCCCACCACCCUCGUGGACAUGCACGGACGCAUCUUGGCUUGGAUACUUCCAAGAGUGUUGAUACCAGACCGCCAGACGAAGAUGCUCCAAGCGACCAGGGCCCUACACCCAGCAAUAGCAGCCAGUAAGCCUUUCAGCACCACCGCCAGUUGGCGACACAACCCGUUGUACUUCUUGCCUCCUGAGGAGUGUGCCCAAUUUCCAGCGGGCUCCUUGUGUCUCUCGCCAGGUUGGUUCCAACAAGUAAGAGAGCAUAUGGAGUCUGGGAGGCUGGAGACCUCCGCCAGCCUGAAGCUUAAGGGUGGAAGAAGUUGGCUGCGUGAUAUUCAUGACUCCUCCGCAUUGCUGGGCGCCAUCCUGGCCGUCGUUCACCCAACGCUAUAUGCCGCAGGACGCCAGUGCUUGGGUUUGAUCCAGCAAGACCCAGAAUUGCGAGAGAUGGCGCUGAACUGGUCGUCGCCAUUCAAUGCGCUCCAGGUGAUCGCCAACUGGGAAACUCCUUUCCACUGA